AUGUUGACAGCAGUUAAACAAUCAGUCAUUAUAACAAAUCACUUCAAGUCAAUGAAUAGCAACACCAUCCAAUACAUCAUUGAAAUCAUUUGGAAUUAUCCACAGAAGCCAGAAUCCAUGAAAAUCUUUGUUUUAACAUUGGCCGUUUUGGUUUCCUCGGCUUUGGGAGGCUCGCUGAGUAGCACUUACUUGCCACCACAUCAAGGUAGUGCUUCUGCACCUUCCAGGCAGUAUUUGGCACCUGCUGCUUCAGCACCAGCCGUUCAUUAUGCUGCUCCAGCUGCUGUCUCCCAUGGACAUUCAGGUGGUUUCUCUUCUGGUGGCUACUCUGGUGGUCACGCUGGCGGUCACUCUGGUGGUCACUCUGGCGGCCACUCUGGCGGUCACUCUGGUGGACACUCUGGCGGUUUCUCUUCUGGUGGUCACUCUGGAGGUUUUGCCCAAGCUGCAUCCGCUCCUUCCAGACAAUACUUGGCUCCAGCUGCUUCUGCUCCAGCCGCUCACUAUGCUGCCCCAGCUGCUGUCUCUCAUGCUGCCAGUUACUCUGCUCCAGCUGCCAGUUACUCUGCUCCUGCUGCCAGCUACUCUGCUCCUGCUGCUUCCCAUGGCCACAGCAGUGGUUAUUCCCAUGCUGCUUCUGCUCCUGCUGCACGUUACUCUGCUCCUGCUGCUUCUAGCUCUUACAGCCAUGGCUCUGGUGGUUUCUCCCAAGCUGCUUCAGCUCCAGCUGUCCGCUAUUCGGCCCCAUCCAACCAAUACAUAGCUCCAGCUGCCUCUGCUCCAGCUGUCAGCUACUCUGCCCCUGCUGCUGUCUCCCAUAGUCAUGGCGGUGGUUUCUCAUCCGGUGGCCACUCUGGUGGUUAUGCUCAAGCUGCUUCUGCUCCAGCUGUCAGCUACUCUGCCCCAGCUGCUUCCCAUGGUCAUAGCGGUGGUUUCUCAUCUGGUGGACAUUCCGGAGGUUUCGCUGCCUCUGCUCCAGCUGCCAGCUACUCAGCUCCUGCUGCUUCUUCUCAUGGCAGUGGUUACUCAUAUGGCGCUGCUUCCGCCCCCGCUCCCAGAUACUCUGCCCCAGCUGCUAGCUACUCAGCCCCAGCUGCUAGCUACUCUGCCCCUGCCGCCAGCUACUCUGCUCCCGCCGCCAGCUACUCUGCUCCCGCCGCCAGCUACUCUGCCCCUGCCGCCAGCUACUCUGCCCCUGCUGCCAGCUACUCUGCCCCUGCUGCCAGCUACUCUGCUCCAGCUGCACAGUACUCCGGAGCUUUUGCACAACCCUCUAGGCAAUACUUGGCUCCAGCUGCUAGCUAUGCUGCUCCAGCUGCCAGCUAUUCUGCACCAGCUCAUGCACCAUCUUCCCAUUAUGGGGCUCCUGCUGCACCCUCCCGACAAUAUUUGGCUCCUGUCGCUGCUUCGGCACCAGCUGUAAGUUAUUCUGCCCCUGCAACUAGUUUCUCUGCCGGCCCUGCUGUUAGCCAUUAUUCAGCAGCCUCACAACAUCAUGGCCACUCAACAAACUCAUUUGGUUUCUCUGGCAAUAGUGGUGGUGGCACUCAGUACGCAUCCAAUGGUGGUUAUGCUCGUCACUAA